CCCGGAUGUGAAUGGAUUACAAUGUCUCUUUCAGGGAAACGUAUUACUAUCAAUUUCUCCGUGGGGGAGUCCAUAGUGAUGGUCAGAAAGAGGAGAGAUUUCUAAAGUUGGAGCAAGUUUAAGACUUUUUUUUUUUUCUCUCGUGGUUGAAAAAAAAAAAGAGAGCGAGAGGGGCAGGGUGUGGGGAGCGUGCAGCAACCGAUAUAUAUGUAUAUAUAUAUUUGUUUUUGUUUUUAAAAUAGCUUAUUAGCCGGGCAUGUGUUUGUAACGAAAGACACGAAGGAAAGUGACCGGAUUUUCCUUUUUUUCCCCCCCCUAAACCAAAUUUGCUGUGCUUUUUUUAUUUUUUAUUUUUUGGCUGGUUUUUUAAAAUUUUGUUUUGUUGAGGUGGGACGAACUUUUCUUGGCAAUUGACUCAUUGUGGAUAAUCCAAAACAAAGCAGAAUCCCUCCUCCGGGGUUUAAUUCCUUUUUUUAAAAAUAUAUAUAUAUAUAGUGGAGUAUUUUCUGCAACGAAGACGGAGUCCGUGUUAAAAGGACUUCGUAUUUUUGAGAGUCAAAUACACGUGAGAUCAUAAAAGCACCUUUAACAAGAAGACUUUUUUUUUCUCUUUGCUGCCCCUAAAAUACAUUUCCUUGGAAUAUUGUGAACACAUUGUUCCAUUUAAGGUUUGUGUGAUUUUGCUAAAAUGCAUCACCAACAGCGAAUGGCUGCCUUAGGGACGGACAAAGAACUCAGUGAUUUACUGGAUUUCAGUGCGAUGUUUUCACCUCCUGUCAGCAGUGGAAAGAAUGGACCAACUUCUUUGGCGAGUGGACACUUUAGUGGCUCAAAUGUAGAAGACAGAACUAGCUCAGGGUCCUGGGGGAAUGGAGGACAUCCUAGCCCAUCCAGGAACUACGGAGAUGGGCCUUCUUAUGAACAUAUGACAAACAGGGACCUUGGAUCACAUGACAAUCUAUCUCCUCCUUUUGUGAAUUCCAGAAUACAAAGUAAAACAGAUAGAAGCUCUUAUUCAUCAUAUGGACGAGACUCAAAUCUUCAAGGUUGCCAUCAGCAAAGUCUCCUUGGAGGUGACAUGGAAAUGGGCAACCCAGGAACUCUUUCUCCUACCAAACCUGGUUCUCAGUACUAUCAGUAUUCUAGCAAUAAUCCACGGAGGAGGCCUCUGCACAGCACUUCUGUUGAAGUACAAACAAAGAAAGUUCGAAAAGUUCCUCCAGGUUUACCAUCUUCAGUUUAUGCCCCUUCUGCAAGCACUGCCGAUUACAAUCGGGAUUCGCCCGGCUAUCCAUCCUCAAAACCACCAGCCAGCACUUUUCCUAGUUCUUUCUUCAUGCAAGACGGCCACCAUAGCAGUGAUCCGUGGAACUCAUCCAGUGGAAUGAAUCCUCCUGGAUAUGGAGGCAUGUUGAGCAAUUCAUCUCAUCUUCCACAGUCCAGUAGCUAUUGCAGUCUUCAUCCUCACGACCGCUUGAGCUACCCAUCACACUCCUCCGCAGACAUCAAUUCCAGUCUUCCUCCAAUGUCCACUUUCCAUCGCAGUGCCACAACCCAUUACAGUGCUUCUUCCUGUACACCUCCGGCAAAUGGAACAGAAAGUAUAAUGGCAAACAGAGGAAGCGGAGCAGCCGGAAGUUCACAGACAGGCGAUGCUCUGGGGAAAGCACUUGCAUCUAUUUACUCUCCAGAUCAUACCAACAACAGCUUUUCAUCAAAUCCUUCAACUCCUGUUGGUUCACCCCCUUCUCUCUCAGCAGGAACAGCUGUUUGGUCUAGAAAUGGAGGGCAAGCAUCAUCAUCUCCCAAUUAUGAAGGUCCCUUACAUUCUUUGCAAAGCCGAAUUGAAGACCGCUUGGAAAGACUGGAUGAUGCUAUUCAUGUUCUCCGGAACCAUGCAGUGGGACCUUCAACUGCCAUGCCUGGUAGUCAUAGUGACCUCCAUAGCUUAAUAGGCCCUUCUCAUAAUGGAGCUAUGGGAGGCCUUGGAUCAGGAUACGGGACAGGCCUUCUUUCAGCCAAUAGACAUUCACUAAUGGUUGGGGCUCAUCGUGAAGAUGCAGUUGGCCUCCGUGGCAGCCAUUCACUUGUGCCAAACCAAGUUCCUGUUCCACAGCUGCCAGUGCAGUCUGCAACAUCUCCUGACUUAAACCAGCCUCCGGAUCCUUACCGAGGCAUGCCAACUGGACUUCAAGGGCAAAGCAUAUCUUCAGGGAGCUCUGAAAUCAAAUCUGAUGACGAAGGAGAUGAGAACCUCCAGGACUCGAAAUCUUCCGAUGACAAGAAGUUAGACGAUGACAAGAAGGAUAUCAAAUCAAUUACUAGGUCAAGAUCUAGCAAUAAUGACGACGAAGAUCUUACUCCGGAACAAAAAGCAGAGCGCGAGAAGGAAAGAAGAAUGGCGAACAAUGCCCGUGAGCGCCUGCGUGUCCGUGACAUCAACGAGGCUUUCAAAGAGUUGGGCCGGAUGGUGCAGCUCCAUCUAAAAAGCGACAAGCCCCAGACCAAACUUUUAAUCUUACAUCAAGCUGUAGCAGUUAUCCUCAGUUUAGAGCAGCAAGUCAGAGAAAGAAAUCUGAAUCCUAAAGCGGCGUGUUUGAAAAGAAGGGAAGAAGAGAAAGUAUCUUCGGACCCUCCUCCGCUUUCUUUGGCAGGACCCCACCCUGGGAUGGGAGACACAUCUAAUCAUAUGGGGCAGAUGUAAAAAAAGGAAAAAGGUCCAAGUUGCCACAUUUUCUUCACGUAACCCAGAGACCACUUCCUUAAACAGCUGUAUUAUCUUAAAAACAUAUAAACACUUAACCCUUCUCCCCACCCCCUUCCAUUUUUUUGUAAUAUAAUAAGACAAGUCUGAGUAGUUACGAAUCACAGACGCAAGAGAUUUCAGCAUUCCUGAUUUUGAAAAUAAAGGAAAAAAAAAAAGUGCAACUUGAGGGACAACCUCUUUUCAACAUAUCAUUCGGAAUGUUUCAAGCAGUAUGUUGACAGCUGUCAGUGCACAGCCAGGAGACUGAAUGGCAAUCUUCUCCACACUGUGGGACAAUGCAUUUGUGCCUAAACUUCUUUUGGAAAAAAAAAAUAUAAUUAAUUUGUAAGUCUGAAAAAAAAAAAUAUUUAAUUUAAAAAUUGUAAACUUGCAAUAAUGAAAAGUGUACUUCUGAAGAAAAAAAAAAUGAACGUUUUCAUUGGUGUACUAGUCAGCUAGUGUUUAUACUUACUGGAUAUUAAAAAGGGAAGCUCCGCUACCCUAAUAUUUACAAAACCAGCAAACGUCCUAAUGAAAACUGAAGUAAUGACAUUAGCCAUUCCUUAGGGUAGGAGGAACAGAUGGAUCUUAUAGACCUAUGACAAAUACAAAACACAUGGACACAAACACACAUAUAUAAAUAUUAUAUAAAUAUAUAUAUAAAUAUAUAUAUAUAUAUAUAAAAAAAAAUUAGUGACUAUGGUAAGCUUUGUUCAUUUGUUUCCGACUUUUUGCUCCUGUAAAAAAAAAAAACAAAGAAAAAACAAAGUACUGAUUAACUUUUUUUAAGAAAAAGAUUUUACUGUAAAUAAGUUUUGUUUCUGUUGACGUCUUCUUUCUCUUCCCCCACGGCCCCUUCAGUUCCUUAUUGUAACCUGUAGUGCCAGCUCUGUUGCUGGAGGGGCCGUCCAGGAUGAACUCUGACCCCGAGGUUGCUUAUCAUGCCUACAGAAAAGUAGCGAGCGAUCUCUUGAGUCCUUUGGGGAGAAUACGGGACUAGAUGAGGUAUGCCUCAUGUCGCUAAGCGUAAGCAGCGUUGCUGAGACCUCCAGCCCCCCCAAGGCAGAUAAGAGUCUACCCAGAAUGCUGGGAUGUGGGUUAGGAAUUCUGGGGGCCUCUAGUCCCUACCCUACAGUCAACACGAGUUUGGGGGGGGGGAAAUGGUCCAGGCAAUCGAAUUUUGGGGUGGAGGGGUAGAGAAUUCUAAAUCACAACUCUUGCUCUCAUUAGACCCUAUUUCUAAGAUUUUCAGAGGUACAAGGUUAGAAUGCUACAAUGUUACCACUGUGCCUUCCAAUGUUUAUAUCAUCAAAAAUAAUAAUAAUAAUGUAACAUAAUCAAAGGUGGCUGUGAUUUAACAAACCAGUAGAAAUGUUAAAUUAAUGUGUGUAGCUUCAAUACAAUAUGCAUCGAGGCGUUUCAGAAUACAUGGUCAAAAGGUGGGGUGGGGUGGGGGCAGUUGCUAGUUGUACGAGAGUUUGAUUUGAAAAAAGAAAACAUUUUAAAGGGUAUUCCUGAAAGAUAGACCAUAUACUGCCUCCUCCGUUCAUUUAAAAAAAAUGCCAAUAUCCAACUGUCACACAGCGUUAGAACAAGCCUUACCCGUUCUAAAGCAUUAAGUUGCACUUUCUUAAGGAGGAGGGAGUAAAGCAGUAUUUUUCUGGCCAGUAUGAACCAAGUUUUUACUUAACGCAUAUACAUUAUAGCAAGUAUUAGAUCAAGCUUAUGACACAGCAACUCAUCCAAUAAUUGGAUUUCAGGGCAUCUAAAGCAAGCACCCAGAGUGAAUCUUCCAAAGAUUUGCUUUGGGAAACAGAACAAGUAACUGACAUUGCUCCCAAUUCAGUCUUUGUCAGCAUCUUUUUGUGUCCGGUUCAAGCUUCUGAUUUUUUUUUUGAUAGCCACACAAACUUGGCACGUUAUUUUUAAAUGGAAUCUCCCGGUUUGAAUCGAUUUUCCACCUAUCAGCACUGAGUAAACGCCAUAUACCCAUUGAAAACGGUCUAAACCUUCCAUCUGUUCUCCUGUUUUGCCAGUUACAUAGUAAUGAAAAAAAAAAUACAUUUGUAAAUUUUAUGCAACAAAAUGGCAAACGUAUCAUUAUUUUGAAAUUGUGUAUGUAAAAGUUAUAUUUUUACAUGUAGACUCUUGUUAUUAUGUGUUUUAAUACAUUGUAUCAAACUUUUGUUGUUUUUUUUAAAACUCUGUGGUUGAAACAAAAUCUCAUUUAAAUGAAAUAGUGAGAAAUAAGAAUCUUAAUUUUAUGUUACUGAAAAACAUAAAGAACAAAUAUGGUAGUUUGCCAUGUAAACCACCCUCUCCAUAUCCAUAAACAUUUUGAUUACCUGUGUGUGUUGAAAAUUGUAAAUAUGUUCAGUAGCAGUAAAACUUUUAAAAAUACUAUUAUUUGUUAAUAAGUUUCUCAAAUGUGGAGGUGGAUUAAGCUCAUAAUAGAGCAGAGACUAUGUAAGUUGAAAUCAGAACAAGAAAUGACUAUUUCAUUGCAAAUGCCAUACUUCUAAUAGAAUAUGUUUAGAUGAAAAUGUUUGUCUUAAAACCUAAUUCUUUUAGCACUGGUAUUCUAAACAUUGGAUUCUCUUUUAAUUGACCAGUUAUUAAUAUAGUUUAGGAUUAAAGUUUUUUUAUAAAAAACAAUUCUAAUACUUUUAAUGGGAAGUUGUUAUUUCAGAGGAUAACUUUACGCUAAAAACCUGGAUAAAUCAAAGAGGCGUUAAACUUCCAUCUUGAUGUCAUCAAUGUGAGCAUUUCUGCUUGUUUACAUUCAUAAUGCAAAGAUUUCAAAUCGUCUGCUCUGUAUAUAAAACUAAUUUGGGUAAGAGAGCUAUCAACGCAAAAUCAAAAUGCCGUCUUUUUAAUAAUUGCCCAGAUUGAUGACAUUGUACGAAUCUUGAAACAUUCACAGUCACAGAACAUUGAUAAAAAGAUGGUUUUCAUUACCGGCCAUUCAGUACAGCAGAGAUUAUUCUAAACAGGAAUGAAAAUGGUGAUGUACAUAGAACCAAUAGAGGUUUAGUUGUUUAUAAAACGGUAAUCUAAUCUCUGUGGUUUUGGACAUUGUUUCCUGUUCCAUAAUGGAAUUUAAACUUGAAAAUUAACCAGUUAUGCUGUUUUGUCUUGUUCACCCUCCCCCACUUCCUCUGCUUGCUUUAAUUUAGUGUGUGAUCCUAAGAAAUGAGACAUCAAAGAUUGCUUAACUUUCACUGCUGCUGUCCACAGUGGGAGUUGUCACUUGUUAAAAGAUCUGGUGAUGACUUGAGUUUUAACGACCAAGAGGUAGAGGUGUGCAAGUUGUUUCGAAUUUGAAGUGUUCCAUAUAUUCCACAAAUUCUUUGAGCUCAAAGCAAAGCACCGUGUGAGGUUUUGAGAUGCUUCCGUGAUUAUCAGAAAAUCCAGCAGAUUUGGAGUGCUUUGCACACUCGUACGAAGGAGAAACCGCACGUACAGUCAUGAACAAUACUUGGACACUACAAUUGUAGAGAUCUAUCCAACAUUUAAUGAAUGAUCCACCUCCACAUUCAAGUAAUUUAUGAAUACGCAGAUUAAGGAAAUCUGUUCAUCUAGAAUUUUUUAUUAUUUUUACAUUUGUCUUACGUGUAGCUGCAAAGAACACUAAUGUUUAUACAACUGUCAGUUCAACCAGUGAUGCAACUUGUAAUUAAUGCAGUCUUCCGAUUUUGUUUUAUUCGUUGAUUUCAUUGGAAGGGUGGGGACGGGUGGGGAUAGAGUGGGAAAAAUGCAGAGCAAUUUCCAAUUUUCGUUGUUCUGUUCAACAGGCACAGUGCAACCUGUGCCAGACCGUGUAAUAAUAGUACAUUGCCACAAACGAAGAAAAUUUAUCGGGUGAGAGAAAGCACAAAGCUUAAUCCACUGACUGAUACGAGAAGGAAAAGAAAAAAUAUGAUUUUCUAAAGAUGGAAUACAAUGAAUUCCAACACAGCGGGGGCACCAAGAUUUUCUUUCUUUCUUUCUUUCUUUCUUUCUUUCUUUCUUUCUUUCUUUUCUUUCUUUCUUUCAUUUUUCUAGCAUCUUCUCAUGGGACUUGAAAUUGAUUCACCUUUGUGCAGUGCUGGUUUGACCAUACUCAUUUCAAGUAUUAUAGACUUACGUAAUGGUGAAAAUAUAUGAACUGUGGCCUUUUUCAUUCUUGUUACUUGUGAUGCAACUAAGUGAAGAUACGGAAAAGCAGAGAUUUACCAUGUAUCAGUGCCUGCCUUUUUGUUACAAAGUUUUGUUUGUCUAGUGACCUUUUUGCUAUUAAAAUAGACUGUAGUACACCCAAGUAGGAUAAAAGAAAAGCCUAAAUUUAAAAUUUAAAAAAAAUAUAUAUAUUUGGCUUAUUUUUCACAGGAGCAAUCCUUUUAUACCACGAAUAUUGGGUGGGUGGAGGGGUGGGACAGGGGUUGUCAGAUUCUGAAUAUUUCUUCUUUGUAGAUGUUUGGAAUCAUUCUAAGUAAAAGUUUGUUACUUUAUUUUACUAUUUAAAAAGAUGUUAUUUUACAUAUGUGUUAACAAGAUGAAAUUGUACAAUAGCUUUUUUUUUUCCUUCUGGUUUUUUUUUUUCCUUGUUUCUUUAUCUUUUUUUUUUUUUUUUUUAAGUUGGAGGUCGCAGUGGGGAACUUUUUUUUUUGCGACUGUACCCAUAGCUGCAACAUUUAAAAAGGAAAAAAAAAUUAAAUAAAAAAGGGAAAAACGAUAAAAGGGACAAAAAGAAAAAAAAAAGAUAACAGUUACACUUUGUUUUUUCAACGUGUGGCUGAGUGCCUCGAUAUAUAUUUUUCCCCCCCCCAUGUUUUUUGGUGUAUUUCUGAUUUGUAGAGGUGUCUAAAACAGGUUGUGCGCCGGAGAUCCCUGAAGGCGAAACACACAGCUUGCUGUAGACCUUUAUGUUUCCCAUUUUGUAGUUAUUUGAUGCCGUCAUGUACAUGACUGUUCUGUAGCAAUAAAUGUGCCAUUUUUAUAAACUUG